AUGUCUUUCACUGCAUCCACUGCAAACAUGCAAAGCUUGUGCGCGUCGUUCAGAGGCCAAUCUUUGAACAACAAAACCGCAACCUCCUCGGCGGCGACGACGAGAAGAGCGACCCCGUCGAAAUUUUGCGUCAAUGCCGCAUCGGUCGGAAAAGUGAAGUUUGACGGCUCCUCCAAUGGCGAAGCGAACUUAGAUUUGAAGGUUGCCAGAAACGAAGUUGCGAAAGGGAUUGUGCACAAAUACGUCGUCAUGGUUAGACAAAACGCGAGAAGGGGUACGGCAUCAACCUUGACGAAAAGUGAAGUUCGAGGUGGCGGUAGAAAGCCGUACAAGCAAAAAGGGACCGGGAACGCUCGUUUGGGUUCGAAGAGAUCUCCGUUACUCCCGGGCGGGGGCGUUACGUUUGGCCCGAAGCCGAAGGACUGGAGCAUUAAGAUGAACAAGAAAGAGAGACGAUUAGCGAUGGCGACGGCAAUUCAAUCUGCGGCUUCUUCUAUGAUUGUCGUCGACGGCAUCAACUCUGGCGUUACCGUGCCAAAGUCCAAGGCGUUUCAAGACGCUUUGAAGUCGUGGGGGGUCAACGUCAACGACGAGAAGACGUACGUCAUCACGAAGGAUGCGCCAAAAGAGGUUGAGUUGGCCACGAGAAACAUGGCGAGAGUUGUGCACGCGGAUAUCACCAAAUUGAACGUCUACGACGUCUUGAACGCGGACAAGGUUGUCGUCGACGAAGCCGCGCUUGGGUACUUGAACGAUUUCUACGGCGCCGCGGGAAGAGCGUGGGCUUAA